AUGGCGAAAGACGUCGACGAGACUAGAGUCCUACAACGCGUACACGCCGAAGCGUCUGCGACUACAGAUGCGGAAACUGCCAAGGCAGACGAGCACGAGAUGGCGAUUCCAGUCAUUGACGACGCCUGGUUGGCUGUAGAGAAACGUCUUCGUCGCAAGCUCGACCUCACUCUCAUGCCCAUCAUUUGGGUCUUAUAUUUAUUCAACUAUCUUGAUAGAAACAACAUCGCCCAAGCAAAGCUUGACACUUUUGAGGCUGAUUUAGGACUCAAAGGCGAGAACUUCAAUACAGCAGUUUCCAUUCUCAACGUCGGAUACAUGCUCAUGCAGCUGCCGAGCAACAUGCUCCUUACCCGAGUGCGACCAUCUCUCUAUAUCCCAUUCUGGGUGUGCGCAUGGUCUUGCAUAUCAGCCUCAACCGCCGCAACUCAUAGCUAUUCCGGGCUUAUUGCCGUGCGGUUCUUUCUCGGAGUGAGCGAGGCACCCUUUGGGCCUGGUGCGUUUUUCCUGCUCUCGUGCUGGUACACCAGGAAAGAACUAGCUCUCCGCACAGCGAUCCUGUAUUCAGGUAUCAGCUUGGCUACAAGCUUCUCAGGAUUGCUCGCAGCUGGUAUCUACUCAGGCCUGACUGGGGUUCAUGGGGUGAGUGGUUGGCGGUGGCUUUUCAUCAUUGAAGGGGUCGCAAGCUUCGGUUUCGGAGUUAUGGCAAUGUUCCUUCUACCAGACUUCCCAGCGUCAGAAUCUGGCUCGGCAACGUGGCUUUUGACGAAGGAAGAACGACAAGUGGCGAUUGAGAGAAUGGCGAGGGAUCAAGUUUCAAACCAAGAGUCAAAUAAUUCGCUAUGGUACGGGCUCCAAACUGCAGUCAAGGACUACCGAGUUUGGGUAUUCGCAUUCAUUCUCUGCUGCAACCACACUGCGUAUGGAUUCAACAACUUCUACCCGACCAUCGUCAAGGGCUUCAAUCUCGGAAGCAGGACAGUCACUCUUCUUUGCACAGCUCCGCCGUAUUUAGUUGGUGCUAUAUUCUCUUUGCUUGUAGCGUACUCGAGCGACAUUCGGAACGAGCGCGGUUGGCACAUCAGCCUUCCAAUGAUGAUGUCUGCUGUCGGGUUCAUCAUCUCCGCUGCUACUCUGAACGUUCCGGCCCGAUACUUUGCAUCAUUCCUUUACAUAUCGGGAGCCUUCUCAGGAAACGCGAUCCUUUUUGGUUGGGCAGCGUCCUCCGUUAGCCAGACACCUGAGAAGAGAGCUUGCGCGACCGCGAUCAUCAAUAUUUUUGGUCAAUUUGGCAAUAUUUGGAGCCCAUACUUCUUUUCGCCCGGGGAUGCUCCACGUUAUGUCAAGGCUAUGAUACUCAUGGUCGCGUUCUCACUCGCAAGCGUACUGGGCUGCAUGCUGAUGAAGUGGACUCUGAGACGGGACAACAAAAAGCUUCUAGAAAGAUUCGCCGGCUCGGGCACAUCUCCGAACCUGUACACCCUCUGA